UCACCUUCUUCACUUUUUCAAACCAUAAUUCUCUUCACAAUCAUUCUUUAUUUCCUCAAUUUUAGCCAUGUCCAGUGUAGGAAGUUCGUCUGGCCGAUCUUCAUCCGAGAAGAGAAAAUGCAAGAGUCCGCAGGCGGUGCCACCACCCAAAGACAGCACUCAAUUCGAAAAGAUAGCAGAUCCGAUCGCCGGAGAUCUCAAAGUCAUCUGCAAUUUCUGCGCACGCCUCUUCCAAUUUAGGGCUGACGAAAAGGAAUUCGAUUCGCUCAAAACUCAUUUCGACAAUAAACACUGCACCAAAAUCCGCAAUGAGGCAUCUAAAGCAGAAGCAGAAGCAGAACCACAGCACUCUUCUGGGUGUGCGCCUUGGUAUCAAUCUUACAGAAUGGUUCAUGGCUGCUUUGAGUAUAGAGAUGCAUUAUGUUCAUUUUUCGCGGAGCAGCAAUUCGAGGACGUUCAGCUAAAUUUGGCUCAAUUUGAAGCAUGCUCUAGUUUUUAUCAGCUUUUGACUACUUUUUAUCAAGUCGUUGAAGAACUAUCCCAUGUUUAUCAGCCUACUUCUGUGUUGGUCUUGGAUAAUUGUGUCAAAAUUGCAGUUCUGUUUAACUCUUUAAUGGGGCGCGACGGUUUAGCACGAUGCGUUGCUGAAAUGCUAGCGAAGUGGUUGAAAUAUUUUCGUGAAAUCCCUACUGUGUUUCUACUUGCCAAAGCCUUUGAUCCGAGGGUAAGAUUACAUGGCGUGGAGAAAUUGUUGGAGAUUUACUAUGAUGCUCUGUUUCCCAUCAAAGAUGAAAACACCCCAAUUCCUAGCUUGAUUGUUGCUAAUGUGAAGAAAUGUUUGUAUGAUCUCUUUCAAGAAUAUAGCAUGAAACAUGGUGCUAGUUCGGGUAUGAAUUUGUCUUCUGGUAGCCAUAGCGAUGAGAUCCCUUUAUUGGAAAGGUUGCAAAACUUGUACUUUGAUGUGUCGGAGAAACGACCGAGGUGCUAUGGCACCAACCCGUAUGGGGAGCUUGAAACUUAUCUGACGGCUAGGUUUGAGUAUAUAGUGGAGCCGGAGUUUGAUAUCUUGAAAUGGUGGUCGAGGAUGACUAUGCAGUUCCCUGUAAUGUCCUUGAUCGCGAAGGGCAUACUGGCAGCUCCGGCCUUGACUGUUUCUGUCGAGCAAGCAUUUGGCACGGGAGGGUACGCGUUGGACUGGAAUUUGUCUAAUUAUCUCUGCCGACGUCCGCGGUCUCCUCUUGUGGAGAAUCAGUUGUUGCUUGGGGAUUGGACGAGGGCUGAGGAUCGAAAUCAAGAAAAUGACUAUGAUAAUGGCUAUAUGAGCGAGGAGAUUUACGAUUGGGAAUUAGAUGAUUAUUGAUGCACACAUAUGUCUCGCUGGUUGAUUGAGCAAUGCAGUGAAAUUUAAAUUAUUGUCUGAACACUUUUCCAGAUUGUACUUGUACUAUGUAUAUGUACAUUGUAGGUGGUAAAUUCGGAUUAAGCAGUGGGAAUAUCACAAUAUCUAUUUUAUUUUCUAUCCUA